AUGCUGAGGAUUCUUCUGAUAUCUAGCAUUACAGCUUUCGCAAUAUACCGCCUGGUCCUGCUGUUCCGGCUCCGUUACUUCCACCCGUUGGCGCGCUUCCCAGGCCCGACACUUGCUGCCAUCAGUAAUUUUCCCUACUCUAAAUCGUACCUAGGCGGACGACAACCGUAUGAUUUCCUCGCACUCCACGAGAAGUAUGGACCCAUCGUGAGGACUGCACCCAAUGAGCUCUCGUUCUCAACGCCCGAGGCCUGGCGUGAUAUUUACGGUCAACGCAAUGGGCACCAAACGUUCAUCAAAUCUGACUUCUACGCUGGCGGGAGUUUUGCGAACCAGGCUUCGUCGAUAGUGACGGAGCGCGACCCCAGCAAACACCGCGAUAUGCGAAAGUAUCUUGCCAACGCAUUUUCGGAUCGAUCCCUCAAAGAACAAGAGUACUUGAUUGCGGGAGUUAUCGAUGGGUUUGUGGCUCAGAUUGGUCGUCACGGAAGCGAUAAGAUCAACUUAACGACUUGGUUUAAUCUCAUGACCUUCGACGUGAUUGGCGAGCUUGCUUUUGGAAAGUCCUUCGGUGGAGUAGAGACUGGAAAGGUGCACGAGUGGAUUGCGAUUGUGCUCGCUUCCAUGGGACAAGCAUCGUUCAGCGACACUCUAGCGCGAUUUCCAUUACUCGGAAAGAUAUACAUGCGCGUUCGUCCAGGUUGGCUGAAGAGCCUAACAGAAGGUUCGAAAACGCAUGAGAAAUACACACUGGACCUUCUUAGAGAGUAA